AUGUUUUUUUUUAAUAAUAUCAGAAGAUAUUGUUUUUAUACGAAAAUAUAUAAUAAUAUUAAAAUUAUAAGAAGACUUAGAUUAGAAAAAGAGAAUAAAGAGAAAACGGAAAAUCAUGAAGAAUCUUUGAGUAUAAAUAUAAUUGAAACAAAUAAGAAUACCAAUUUACAAUAUACUAUUAAUAAAGACGAAAAACAUUUUUAUGAAGAAAUUUUUAAUAAAAUAAAACAAAAAGGUAUAAACAAUAAUGCAAAGAAUGUUGUUAUAGCAAAUAUCAGUGAUGAAAUAAAAUUAAAUAAGAAUUCUAUUAAUAGUAUUGUAUUCGGAAAAGAAAAUAGAGAAGAAAAAUUAAAAAAAAACUAUUUUAUUAAAAAGGAUAAUGAAAAAAAAGUAGAUUAUGAUUAUGCUUUUCAAAAAGACAACGAAUAUCAAGAAAAAAAAAUAAAGGAAGAAGUAAAUGAAGAAAAAUAUAAGUAUUUUAAAGAACAAAAUGAUUCUUUAAAAAAAGAUAAAAAUAAAAAUAAUUACAAUAAAAUUGCAAAAAAUGAAAAAUAUUUGAAGGAAAAAAAUAAAUAUUUAAAAAGAAAAGAUAUGUAUUUAAAAGUGAAAGAUGAGCAUAUAAAAAAAAAUAGAAUUUUAAAAAAAGAUGAAAAAUCAAAUAGCUAUAUAAAAAAUGAAAUUUUUAAAAACACAUUUAUAAAAAAGAAAAAAGAAGAAGAAAAAAAGAAAGAAGAAGAAGAAGAAGAAGAAGAAGAAGAAGAAGAAGAAGAAGAAGAAGAGGAAGAAGAAGAAGAAGAAGAAGAUGAAAAAAAAGAAAAAGAAAAAGAAAAAGAAAAAAAUUUAAUUGAUAAAAAUAAGGAUAAUUUUAACAGUGUUGAUGAAAAUAAUAUUUAUAAUAAAAACUCUAUAAUAAACAUACAUGAUUUAAAUAAUAAAAAAAAAUUAAUUAAAAACAUAGAAAAAGAUAAAAAACGUUAUGGUGAUUAUUCAGAUGAAUUAAAAAACUUCAAUAUAGGAAAUAAUAAGAUUUCACAUAUUAAUAAUGAAAUAGUUGAUAAAAAUUAUAUACUUGUUGAAUAUGAAAAAUAUUGGGAUAAUGAAAAAAUAGACAAUUUACUGCAGUUACAGAAAACAACAAAAGACUUAAAAAAUAAAUUGUUUAAAGGAGUUUUAUAUGUUUCUCCUUUUGAUACUAGCAAAUGUUUUGUUGUAAAUGAAGAAUCAUCACCUUCUUCUAAAAGUAGUUUUUAUUUUGUGUACGGUUAUAUUAGUAGGAAUAGAGCAUUAAAUAACGAUAUAGUUUAUGCAUAUACAGCUAGAAGAAAAAUUAGACAAGUUGAAAGUAAGGAAAAUGAAAAUGAAGCAUUAAAUAAACAUAUAAACGAAAAUGAAGAUGAAAAUGAAAAAUUCUGUCGAGUUGUUAAUAUUGUUGAAAGAAGAAAUUUAGAAAUUGUUGGUAUUUUGAACUAUUUAAAUGUUAAAGAAAAAAUAAAUAACAAUUUUGGAAAGAAAGAAAAAACAAAUAAAUUGAAAAAUGUAAAUUGUAUUUAUAGUAAAAAUUAUUAUAGUGAAAUUAAAAACAAUAAUAAUGAAAAAAUAAAUAAAAUAAAUGAAAAUUUUGUUAAAAAGGAUGAUAUAAUAGUAUUAAAAAAAGAAAAAGAAUUAACAAAAACUGAAAAUGAGAAUGAGAAUGAAUAUUUUUUUGCAAAAAUACAACCUAACGAUCCUAGGCUUCCUUGUUUUAUAUAUAACUCUUCAAAUUCUAUAAUAAAUAAAAUAUUAUAUCAUAUAAAGAAAAAAAAGAUAAAUUUAUGUGUUUUAGUGAAAUUUAAGGAAUGGAAACAAAAUGAAAUUAAUCCUUUAGGAAACAUUAGUAAAAUAUUAGGAAAUGAAAAAAAUUUUUUUGGUAUUAUAUAUUUACUAUUACACUUCUAUAAAAUUAAUUUUCAUAUAUAUAAUGAAAGUGAUAUGCUCUAUUUAAAUUCAAGAAUAACAGUAAAUGAAAGAAUUAUUAGUAAUUUUAUUAAACGUAAAAAGAAUGCAUUAUUGCUAGAUAAUAGAAACAAGAAAAUUGUAGAUAAUAUUGAGCAAUAUGACAAAAAAAUAGAUUAUUUAAAAAAUAUUCAAGAAAAAAAUAAAAGUUUAGAAAAAUAUAUGAUAAAAUGCUUUUUAAAAAAUAGGGACAUAAUAACACAUUUAGAUAUAUUUACAAUUGACCCCCUAAAUGCAAAAGAUUUAGAUGAUGCCUUGUCUAUUGAAUUUAUUAAGAAUAAAAAUAAUUUAACAAGUAAAUUUCAAUAUAAAAUAGGAAUACAUAUUUCUGAUGUUUCAUUUUUUGUUUCCCCUAAUUCUUACUAUGAUAAUAUAGCAUCAAAAAUUUGCAACACAAUAUAUAUGGAUUUCUUAGUUAUUCAUAUGCUACCAUCCAUCUUAAGUGAAGAAAUUUGCUCAUUGAAUACAAAAAGUGAAAAACUUUCUUUUUCUAUUUUCUUUUACUUAGACGAUAUAAGUAACCCGUAUAAUUUAACUGAAAAUGGAAAUUUAGAGAAUGUAGAAAUAAAGAAAUGCUUAAUUAAAAGCCACUAUAAAUUAAAUUAUGACAUUGUUGAAGAUUUUCUUGAUGAUAUUUAUUUUAAGAUAAAACAAAAUAAUGAAACUGUUAAAGAACAAGAAGAGAAACUAUUAAUUAAUGGUCAUUUACAUUUAAAUCAUUUUGUUAAUGACUUUCAAGAACUUUGUAAAAAGUAUAACCUGUCAAUUAAAAUAGGAAGCGAUAUAUUUAGAUUAUAUUUAUUAUCAAAAAUGCUGAAAGAAAAAACGAGAAGAAAAAAUAUUUAUCAAAAAUAUUCUUUAUUAUUUUCUUUUAAUAAUACAAAUAAUAAGAAUGAUGAAAAAAAAGUCAUUCCUAUGAGCAUAGAAGAAAUAACAAAGGAAUAUAUGCUAUCUUCAAGUACUACAAAAAUAUCUCUUGAAAAAUUUCUAGAAAGCGAAAAAUACAAAAAUUUAUUAAAUGAAACAAAUAUUAGAAAUGUGAAUAUGGAAACAUUCGAUUAUAAAAAAAAAAGUCAUAUGUUAAUCGAAGAAAUGAUGAUUUUAACCAACUUCUUAGUGGCUAAUAAAAUUUCUUAUAAUAACACAUUAGGUAUAUUAAGAGUUCACCAAGAUACAAGUGAAGAAAUAAAGAAGAACUUUUUAAAAAUAAUUGACUAUAAUACUUAUAAUAAGAUUAACAACAUUAUUAAUAUAAAUGAAAAUAGUAUUAAUGAUAUUCUUUUAGUAUGUGAAAAAAUAUUAAAUGAAAAUCAAUUGUUAUGCCUUCAUUAUAAUAUUCUAAAAUACUAUAAAGAGGCUAUUUACAUUCCUACAGAGGAAAAUAAAAAUAAUUCUGAUCAUUUUGGUUUACUGUUAAAUAAAUAUAUUCAUUUUACAUCUCCUAUAAGAAGAUAUAUUGAUAUUGUUAUUCAUAGAAUUUUAAACAACAUUAUUGAAAAUGAAAAGAUAUGUUAUAAUUAUGAAGAGUUAAAGAAAAUAUGUGAUCAUUGCAAUUAUCAAAAGAGAAAAACAGACGAAGCUCAAAUUCAUAUGAAAAAUUUCUUUUUAAAUAAAUAUUUAGUAUACUUAAAUGAUUUGUAUAAAUGUACAUUAAAAAAAAAGAAGAAAACAAAAUUAAAGAAUGAAGUACAUAAAUUAAAUGAAGAGGACCAAACAAUUAAUAAAAAGGAAAACAAAAUAUGCAAAAAUGAAAAAAUCGAAAUGAGUACAGGAAAAAUAAAAAUACUUAAUAAAAAUGAAAAGUGUGAUAUACAUAAAAAUGUAAUAUGCGAAAAAAAAGAGAAAAAAAUAGAGAAAACAAAUUAUUUAAUAAAUAAUAAGAAUAUAAAAACAGAAAAUUGUAAACCAGUUAAAAAAUACUUUUACUUAAAUAGAGGAAGUGUAUGUUUUUUAACUGAAGCUUAUAUUCAAGAAAUAAUUAUUACAAAAAGUAUAAAAGAAAACAUCUGUCUUAAUAUAUUAAAAGAUAACUACAUAUAUGUGAAUGAAAAUGAAUGUACUGAUAUAAAUAAUAUUAUUUACACUUGCUUUACAUUGGAUUCUUCUAAAAGCAUUCAUAUAACGGACAACUUAGUAGAUAGUAGGAAUAUUAAUUAUAAUGAUAUACGUUUGUUUAGUGAUAUAGAUAAAAGUGAUUACAAAAAUUUGAAUAAUAAUAACGAAGAAAAUUUUAAAUCAAAACUUAAAAAAAAUUCUAAUGAGAAUGGUAAACUAAAAAAUGCAAUUGUUUUUUACGUACCAUUACUGGAAACAGAAAAAUCAAUGAGUGAUAAUCUAUUAAAUUUGCAAUUUGAAUUUAUUUUAUUAUCUUAUAAUGAAUGCACAUUUAUUUAUAAUAUAGCAAAAGACAUAUUAUAUAAAAUAAAUAUGAAUUAUUACAAUAUAAAUGAAACUUUUGAAAAUUAUUUAUCAUAUGAAAAGGAAAAAAAUGAAGAUUUAAAUUCAGAACAUGAGAAAAAAAUGAAUGAAUAUCUUUGUAAUAUUUUUAAAAUUAUAAAUGAAUUGAAAUUAGAAGUAAAAUACAAAAUAUUAGAAUUAGAACAUAAAAAAAAAUUUCAAAAAAUUUAUGAUGAUUUAUAUAUUCACGAUGUUUUUAUCAAAAAAAACAAAGAUGCUCAUGAACAGGAUAUGUUUAAAGAAAAUAUAAAUAAUGAAAAUAUAAAUGAAGAAAAUAUUUUAGUAGAUACAAAUGAAGAUAUAAGUGAAAAAGGUAUAAAUGAAAAAGACUUAGAUGAAGAAUAUUUAAAUGAACAUAUAAAUGAUUAUAUUAUAAACAAAAAUAAUCAAAAUUAUUUUAAAGAAUAUAUAUAUGAUAAAAAUAUGAAAUAUAAAUACUGUAAUAAAUAUGAAAAAGUUAGCAGAUUUCAAAAAAUUAAAAUUUUUAUUAUACCAGGUUCUCAAAUGUGGACAUUGAGUCUUUUUUAA